AUGGACGAGGACGUGCUGACCACCCUUAAGAUCCUCAUAAUUGGCGACAGCAGGCUGGGCAAGUCCAGCCUGCUCUUGAGGUUCACAGAUGACACUUUUGAUCCAGAGCUUACAGCAACAACAGGCAUUGACUUUAAGGUGAAAACAAUUUCAAUGGAAGGAAACAAUGCUAAACUUGGCAAUACGGGAUACUGCUGGUCGGAAGAGGAAAACAGUGAAGUUGAUAGAAAUGAAGGCCUGAAAUUUGCAUGGGAGCAUUCUAUGUCAUUUAUUGAGGCAAGUGCAAAAACCACGGAUGGUGUACAACGUGCCUUUGAGGAACUAGUUGAAAAGAUCAUUCAAACCCCUGGACUGUGGGAAACUGAGAACGAGAAUAAAGGAGUAAAAUCGUCACAAAGAGAAGAAGGCCAUGGAGGAGGAACAUGCGGUGUUUACUGUUCUGUGUUAUAA